ACAGGCAAGUGGCACUGUAGAGUUGUUUGGAGGAGCCUGGAGCAAAGAGAAGUAGGAGCCAGGAGAAGAGGUGUCCUGCUGUGCCUUCUCCCAAAGAUGAAGCUAUAAAUGAAGAAAUGCAGAUGGAGCAUGGACAAAAACAGUGACAGAGAUCCACAGAAGCAACUGGACCAGAAGGCUAUGGACACACUUGCCCGAAAUCCACACGAUGGAUUGCUGGUUACACACAUUAACCAGACCCAGGACCUACUGAGGCUGCAGGGAAGUGAGACUCGGACAUCAGCUCUGGAAGACUCCGAAGACUGGCUUUCAACUCACAGUUUAAAGUUUGAGAAACUCACCUUGGCUGACCUGAUAAGCCAGGCCACAGUUGAGCUGGAGGAGUGUGGCAAUGCCAGGCCCAAAGUGCAUUUCUCCACCCAGGCCGUCCGCCACUUUGAAUCAAGACUUUCUGACACUAUCGACCUCUAUCAGCAGAGGAUGCGGUGGCUCACAGAGAACAGCAGGAAGACAUUUGGCCUCAUCAGGGGAACAAGAGUGGGACUCCUCAUCGAUGCAUCCCAGGUCAGCAGUGGCCCUCAGAAAGAAGAAUUCCAAAACGACCUAAUAAGUCUCAUUGAUGAGCAACUGAGCCUCAAGGAAAAGUUGUAUGUCCUGUCCUUCGGUGUCACCACCAAACCCCUCUGGCUGGACCCUGUGGAAGUCAGCGCGUCCACCCUCCAAGAACUCAAGCUCUGGGUGAAGAAACUGCAGCCUGAGGGGACCUGCAAUCUGCUGCACGCCUUGAAGAAAGUCUUUGCUCACAAGGAGCUGAAUUCUCUGGUGACCAUAUUGAGAAGCUGUCCAGAUCAGCCUUCUGAAUUCCUAUCUGACUACAUCCAGCAGUCCACCAUAGGACGGGACCUCUUCAUUCAUGUCACCACCUACAAAUGCAAUGGUCAUGUGCCCUCUGCUGUUCUGAAGAACCUCACAGAUGCGCUUCGGGGCUACCACCACUGCUACAGCUCAGAAUCAGAGCCCUAUACCAGUAGGGAUGUGGAUGAGCUCCUAGCAGAAACCCAGAAGGCUCAAGACCUCCUCAGCCAGGUGCAAGCGCUGUGCCACAGCAGCCCAUGUGAGGAACUAGCCUGCAUGAUCCAGAAAAUCUCUACAGAGAUUGUGAAAGGUCCAUUCACAAGUCUCUUGCCUAAACCUCCAAAACAUGAAGCUCCUCUUACAAUCAAGUUCCCAGACUUGGACAAGACGUCUGCAGAAUGGCUGAAAGUCAAUGGUCUAAAAGCCAAGAAGUUAAGCCUUUAUCAGAUUCUGGCACCCAACGCCUUCAAUACUGUGGAAGAAUUUGUGCCUAUUCUCCAGAAAACAGUGUCAGCUACUAUCUAUGAGAAAGCAAUGAUACAAUUUGAAUGGCAUGAUGGGACAGUGAAGAAUAUCCAUGUGGAACCACCCUUCCUCUAUGAGUACCAGAAGCAGCUUGGACGAGCUGUGCAGAUGUAUGAGAAACGGCUUCAGUGGCUCUCCCUGGCCAGCAGGAGAAUCUGGGGCACUGUCUGCGAAAGGAGGGUUGUUAUACUGCUGGAUGUCUCGGUGACCAAUUCCAUGUACAUUAUUCAUAUCCAGCACUCCCUGCGCAUGCUGCUAGAGGAGCAGCUGUCCAACAAAGACCACUUCAACAUCAUUGCGUUUGGAAGCACAAUUGAGAGCUGGAGGCCUGAGAUGGUUCCUGUGAGCCACGACAACUUACAGAACGCCUGGCGGUGGGCCCUGGGCCUCCGGUGUCAAGGAAGCCGAAAUGUCCUCAGCGCCCUGCGGAAGGCCAUAGAAGUGGACUUCCAGGACAAGGACAAACACGAGUCUCAGGGCAUCUACCUCUUCACAGGGGGUGUUCCCGACCAAGAUGUGUCCACACUCAGCGCCUAUGUGGCAGAGGCCUGUGGAGGUUGCGACCUCCAUCUGAAUGUCUGUCUAUUCUAUGUGGGUGAACCACGGCUGGACACCACGCCCCCUGCCUGCUAUGCCAGCCGUACGGACACGGCUACUGCCUACAAAGAGAUCACCCGGGCUGCCCGAGGUCGCCUCCACUGGUUUGGAGAAACAGGUAUUUAUGAGAGUGAUGACAUCAGUGCCAUCAUAUCCGAGAUAGAGAAAGCCCUCCUCUACUCCCAAAAGUGUGCCCUCCUCGUGGCCUCCCUGAAGAACCAUUCGGGAAAAGAACUGCAAAGUGCAGCCCUUCAGAAAGACAAGCCAAAGAUGCUCAAGCAAAGUCCUUCCAAGAACCUCUGUCCUCCCAAGCCCACAGCCCCCUCAGUGGCCAGAAUGAACAUUAAAGAUGACCUGAAUGGAGACAAGAGCCCCCAACUGAAAGCUCUGAAGUGCCAUCCCCUCAAUGGCAAAGCAAGCAUCUCUUCAGCUGCAGCCCACCCUGGGAAAGAAGGGAUGGUGGAACAGAGGAAGAAGGCCAAGCCCAGGGCAGAAGAUACAGCUCUCUCUGUGUUCUACACAGACUCAGGGAAUAGUGUGGGUUCUAUGUACAAGAGGUACCCUCAAGGGAAGUUUGUUAGAAGGGCUAACUCUUCUAUUGAGCUGCCCAGGAAGGAUGCUGUUUGCUCAAGUCGAGAGUGGAUAGCCACCUGCGGGCUGAAGAAACUGAAGUUGGAGCUCUCCAGAUGCCUCGGUCCCCACUGUGGAAGUCAAAGGUCAGCACGUGGGGCAGCCAAACACUGCACUCUCUUCCCCAGUGUAGAGAUCAACGGUGUGGUGAAGCACAUCCAGUGGACGCUGCGGGAAAUGGAGGAGUACAUCACAUGCAUGGAGAAGGUGAUGAGGUGCUAUGUGAAAAGGCUGCAGUGGCUGCUGUCUGGGAGCCGCAGGCUGUUUGGCACCAUCUUGGAAAGCAAUGUGUGCAUCAUGCUGGACACGUCAGGCUCCAUGGGCCCCCACUUGCAGCAGGUGAAGACAGAGAUGGUUCUGCUGAUUUGGGAGCAGCUGAGGAAGCACUGUGACAGUUUUAACCUGCUCAGCUUUGCAAAGGACCUGAAGCCGUGGCAGAACACUCUGGUGGAGACCACAGAAUCAGUGUGUCACGAGGCUAUGCAGUGGGUGACCCACUUGCAAGCCCAGGGGAACACAUCAUUCUUAUCAGCUUUAAUGAAAGCCUUCAGCUUUCAGGAUAUGCAAGGCCUGUAUCUCCUAACUGAUGGAAAGCCAGACACAAGCUGCAGCCUUAUUCUCGACACUGUGCAAAGGCUCUGGAAAGGGAGAGACGUCAAAGUGCAUACUAUCUCCCUGACGAGCAGAGACAGAGCAGCAGUUGAGUUCCUGAGGAAGCUGGCUUCCCUCAGCGGAGGACGUUACCACUGUCCUGUGAGUGAGGACACCCUCAGCGGGAUUCAUGGCUUGCUCACCAGAGGCUUCAUCAAGGAAAGGGAUCCCCAGUUGCCACUGUUUGAAGGGGAUGACUUAAAGAUACUGGCCCAGGAGGUCAACAAGGCUAGAGGCCUCCUUAAGCAAGCCCAGUUCUUCAGAUCCCAGCUCCUGAAGAAAAAUAACACGGAACCAAAGGACAUUCUUUGCUAGAGACGUGUUCUCAGGCACAGCUCAGAUGGCAUCGGUUCCACUGUGAAGAUGUCUCUGGUACCCAUCCAGAGCUAAGGACCUCCAGGCACAUCUGGAUGCUUCUGGCCUUCCUCUUCUUCUGGCUUUCCUGACCAGCUAUGCCUCUUGGGGCAUUCAGCACUGUAGACUGUGAUGUCCUGCUCAAUGUCCUAACUCUUGACCACAGUUCCCUCCCCACAAGAAGCUGCUGUCUUAACUAUCCAUGGAUCACCAGAACCUGCCAUAUGGUAGUCACGUGGUAAGCAGUGAACACCCAACUGGAUAUAGCAACCCAUCUCUGGAUAGUAGCCUGAUGAAGCUUCUCCUCCUGGUUCUGCCCUAUACUUCUUACCACCCGGAUCCAUGGGCAAAGGCAGGCACCAGCAGCCUAGCUUGGGGGAAGACACAGACAAGAGCCAAGCCCCAUCACCACCACCAUCACCUGCUAACCAGAGGCUACUAUGGACCCAGUCCAGAGUAAAUGCUCUGCUCUGGCCUCUGAAUGGCAGAUGCAUCCUUUGAACCUGGCUAUACCAUGUACACAUGAAUGGGGACAUCGUGUGUUAGAUGAAUGAUCUGGAAUCAUUUCCUAAAAUGAGAAAAUUGCUUUUACUAAUAGAGUCAAACUGACUUCAAAUGCUUGAGUAUUGGUAAUGAGGUGUGUGUGUGUGUGUGUGUGUGUGUGUGUGUGUGUGUGUGUGUGUGUUUGUGUGUAAAUUUUGCGUGAGCUAAAACUUUGUUAAAUGCUGGGCA